AUGGCUGCAAGAUGGUCUCCUUCUCCUCCACCCAUGAUUCAAAGAUCUGCUCCAACCAAAAAACCUAUUAGUAGGGUAUUGAUGCUUUCAGGGAAUCAAAACCCAGUGAAGAAAAAACCACUUCAGAUCACGUCUUGCUUCAGAGAUAAGGUUUUCGAAGAUCAAUCAAGGGGUAUAGUAUGUUACAGGGACAGUAGUGGGGACAUAGUAUGUGAAGGGUACGAUGAGGGUCCUCGUUUUCAACAAGAGAUUUCAAGAAUAACAGACAAUACAAGAGAUGUUCCGAUCAUUGAUCUUCCGCAGAAGACCUGGCUUCAAAUUGUUUUAGGUGGUGAAUCUAACCAUCCUGACAAAGGAGUUGCUGUGAAGAAAAACUUCAACCGGAAAUGCUAACAGUAGUCAAUAAUAUGCAUCUGUGUAUGUAACUAAGCUUAUCUGCACUGCAUUCAAAAAGCAGUUUACCUUUAAUGACAUAAUUACAUAUUAAGCAGAGAGACACCUUCAUUUACCUUCGAUUCUGUUCCCCUUUCCAACUUAAAGGCACAAUUCUAUAUA